AAAAAGGAAGGAUGUGGUUAUCUCUAGGUCACGUUGCAUUGCACUUUUAGUAAAAUGCAUAGGAGAAGAUGUCUGCUAUGAUGAAAGUUAUACUAACUAAUUUACUGCUAUUUUUAUUAACAACUCAACAAAAAGUAAACUCAGAAGUCAUACUUAUAGACAAGGCAGAGGACAUUACCUACAACAAGCCUGAAAAGGGAAACACAUCUGUAUGGUACACAUAUACUGGAGAGUACUUUGAGCGCUCUGGAACAACCAAAACAUGUGCAGAUCCAUCUGAUGGGGGAAUAUUCACUUGCAUGGAUGAACAAAUUAAUGUAACGCAAAAACAUAUGAACUGUAAAUUCCAAAAGAUAUUUGUUAACACAUCGAUUACAGGAAAUAAUGUAAUGGUGCCAAAAAAUAUUACAAUAAAGACCGGGCAAAAUUUUACCUUCCCAAGUCAGUUUAAGUAUAAUGGCUCAUACAUUUUGUUAUGGAUGAGUAGGUGGCAAAAUAUUUCCAAGUGUUUAUUUUCAGUUGAGGUAACUCGAAAUUUAGACGACUUUAGUUCUUCAUGGAAUAGACUGUGCUGUUCUACCAAUGACACAAAUCAUGAAGAAAGAAUUCAGUUUCAAAACUAUUCAGGUUUACUUGAUCAACAUUUUCAACUGCACCUGUUUAAUCUGAAGUCCUCGGACAGUGGAGAAUAUUUAAAUAUCAGAUAUACCUGGGUUAAUGGGAAGAUGAAAUGGGAGCUAGUAAAGAGAUAUUCACUUAAUGUAACUGAGAAUGAAGACACAACGCCUAUACCAGGACCUCAGACUCCUCAUGAUAUUGAUGGAUCUUAUUAUACGAUUGCUGGAUCUGUAGGAGGGUUUAUUGCACUUCUUGCCAUUUUAUUGCUGUCUCUUUUUUUCAUCAAACUAAGAGGCAAACAUAAGAAGAGGACUAGAAGUUCACUUGUAGGUCUUCCAGAUGACUAUGAAAAUAUGCCAUACGCAGUGAGUGAACAGAGAAAGGAAGUAACCAACGUUAUUUACGCACUGGCAUAAAACGUAGUGCCCACUGCGGAUGCUGAAUAUUCUGAAAUACAGCUCACAAAUGUGGCUUUAUCUGGUGCUCAUGGUUCAGAAACUGAUGCAAAUAUUGUUACUGAUGCGGAGUAUGCAGUAAUCACAAAUGUUAAAAAAAUUAAGGAAUAAGGAAAUGUAUGCUUUGCUUAGUGUGGAGUGAACAUAAAUAACUAUUAUAUAUACCGUAUAUACUCGAGUAUAAGCCGACCCGAGUAUAAGCCGAGACCCCUAAUUUCAACCCAAAAUCCCAGGAAAAGUUAUUGACUCGAGUAUAAGCCUAGGGUGGGAAAUACAUCAUCCCCCCCUGUCAUCAUCCAGACCCGUCAUUAACAUCCUCAUCAUCAUCACCGCCUGUCAUCAUCCAGACCCUCAUCAUCAUCACCUGUCAUCAUCCCCUUGUCAUCAUCCCACACAUCCCCCCUUCAUCAUCCCCUUGUCAUCAUCCCACACAUCCCCCCUUCAUCAUCCCCUUGUCAUCAUCCCCACCCCCCUUCAUCAUCCCCUUGUCAUCAUCCCACACCCCCCCCUUCAUCAUCCCCUUGUCAUCAUCCCCACCCCCCUUCAUCAUC